AUGUCACCUCUACCAGUUAUCGCCUGUGGCGGCGCCAACCCGCAAAUUUUCAACGCCGUCAAACCUCUCUACUUACCCGAGUAUGAAAUUAUACACAACGUCACCAGCAGCACCACCGGGGCAGUCGAGAUACCCCUCUUGCUGCAAGUGCAGGCCCCUCCUACUGCUGACGAGCCCAAUCGUGGCACCAUGGACUAUUCCAGACCACCCGUGGCUGUAUUUUUAGGGGCUUUAUACGGUGAUGAGGAAAUUGACGAGAUGCGCCAGACAUGCCAGGGGAUCAGUUCUAUCCCUUGGUUAAAAAUGGAUAUGAGUGUGCCCAAGCCGCCUUUGGGGCCGGGGUAUGCGGAGCAUGUUGUGCAGAGGAUCAAGACAUGUAUGAAAAAGAUUGAAGCUGAGGGGAAGUUGGAACAAGAUGGCGUGUGGCUUUAUUGA